AUGGCAAGGAAGAUGCUGGUUGAUGGGGAGCUGAACAAAACCAAUGAGGUGGAGGGUCACUAUGACUUUGAUUUGUUCGUAAUUGGUGCAGGCAGUGGCGGAGUUCGUGCUUCAAGAUUCUCAGCUCAGAAUGGAGCUAAGGUUGGUAUCUGUGAGCUCCCAUUUCAUCCUAUCAGCUCAGAAACUGUUGGAGGAGUUGGUGGAACGUGUGUUAUUCGUGGUUGUGUUCCUAAAAAGAUUCUGGUCUAUGGUGCUUCUUUUGGGCCUGAACUGGAGGACUCAAGGAAUUAUGGAUGGGAACUUAACGAGAGGAUUGAUUUCAAUUGGAAGAAACUUUUACAGAAGAAGACUGAAGAAAUAGUUAGAUUAAAUGGGAUCUACAAGCGGUUACUUGCAAAUGCAGGAGUUAAGCUAUUUGAAGGAGAAGGGAGAGUUGCUGGUCCUAAUGAAGUUGAAGUGAUUCAAUUGGAUGGAACCAAAAUUAAUUAUUCAGCAAAACACAUUCUAAUUGCAACAGGAAGCCGUGCUCAACGUCCACCUAUAACAGGCCAGGAAUUAGCCAUAACCUCUGACGAGGCUUUGAGCUUGGAAGAGUUACCAAAGCGAGCUGUUGUACUGGGUGGAGGGUAUAUUGCUGUUGAAUUUGCUUCUAUUUGGCGAGGGAUGGGUGCAACAGUGGAUUUGUGUUUCAGAAAGGAACUUCCUUUAAGAGGCUUUGAUGAUGAGAUGCGAGCAGUGGUUGCAAGAAAUCUGGAAGGCAGGGGUAUCAACCUACAUCCCAGAACAACCUUAACUGAGCUGGUUAAAACUGAACAUGGUAUAAAAGUUCGUACUGAUCAUGGUGAAGAAAUUGUGGCUGAUGUUGUCCUCUUUGCCACAGGUCGGGCUCCGAACACCGGAAGGUUAAACCUGGAAUCUGUAGGUGUUGAGCUUGAUAAGACGGGAGCUAUUAAGGUUAAUGAAUACUCCUGCAGCAACAUUCCCAGCAUAUGGGCCAUAGGUGAUGUUACAAAUCGAAUGAAUCUAACUCCUGUUGCCCUGAUGGAAGGAACUUGCUUCGCAAAAACUGUUUUUGGUGGACAGCCUACUGCACCUGAUUACGAUCAUAUCCCUUGUGCUGUGUUCUGCAUACCGCCACUAUCUGUAGUUGGUCUUAGUGAGGAACAGGCUAUAGAGCAAGCAAAUGGUGAUAUUUUAGUUUUCACAUCAUCAUUUAAUCCAAUGAAGAACACAGUUUCGGGACGACAAGAGAAAACGAUUAUGAAGCUUAUUGUUGAUGCUGUGUCUGAUAAAGUUCUUGGAGCAUCCAUGUGUGGGCCAGAUGCACCUGAGAUCAUGCAGGGCAUUGCUAUUGCACUCAAAUGUGGAGCCACCAAAGCUCAGUUUGACAGUACGGUUGGCAUUCACCCUUCUGCUGCCGAGGAAUUUGUCACCAUGCGUUCAGUAGCUAGGCGAGUCUCACCUGUUAAACAAAAGACCAACCUAUAG